AGAGAUUCCCAUUCGUGUUUGGCAGGUCGUCGUGGUAAGAGUCUUUUCGUCGGUCGUGUGCUCGUGCGGUAUUGAUAUUGUGUGGCCUUGUUCUGUUCUUCCGCUGCUGCUGGCACAGCAUUUUUAGUACCUACAAUUAUAUACAAAGUUUAAACGUUCUUCGAAAGAAUUGUUGUUAGUUUUUUUUUUUUAAACAAUAAAUUGAAUUCAGAGAACGUAGUUAUCAUGUCAACACUUCCUAAAAUCGAUAUUGACCAGCCGAAAUAUGACCAGAGCACGUAUAUGAACAGAGCUAAGCAUUUCUUCCUGUUGACGAAUCCCUUGAAUGUUCUUGCUACAAAUGCGGAGCUGGAACGAGCUCGUAGUAUUGUGCUGGAUUACAAGGCAGGAAAACCAGUGCCCGACUGCAAAACGGUGGAGGAUUUGUGGAAAGCCAAGUAUUUGUAUGACUCGGCGUAUCAUCCUGAAACAGGGGAGAAGUCAAUUCUUAUUGGAAGGAUGUCGGCACAGAUGCCGAUGAAUACUCUUAUUACUGGAUGUAUGAUGGCAUUCUACAAGUCUACUUCCGCCGUUAUAUUUUGGCAAUGGUUUAAUCAAACAUUUAAUGCAGUUGUCAAUUAUACAAACCGUUCUGGUUCAACUCCAAUAUCACAAGGUCAAUUGGCGACAUCAUAUGUCUUGGCUACAGGUGGUGCAUUGGCCACAGCACUUAGUUUAAAUCAACUAGUUAAAAAUUUAAAUCCAUUAAUCGGCAGACUUGUUCCCUUAACUGCUGUAGCUGCUGCUAAUUGUAUCAACAUUCCAAUGAUGCGCUUGCAGGAACUUCGUAGUGGUGUUGUAUUGCUCGAUGCACAAAACAAUGAAGUAGGUGUCUCUAAAAAAGCAGCAGCAACUGGAAUUUCAUUGGUGGUCUUAAGUCGUGUUGCUAUGGCAUGCCCUGGAAUGAUAAUGACUCCUCUUCUAAUGGAAUUUCUCACCAAACGAGGAUUUAUCAAACGAUACCCAUGGGCCAACGCACCAAUUCAAACAUUUUUCUGCGGUUUCGUUCUCAUUUUUGCCACACCGUUAGGAUGUGCUUGUUUCAGUCAAAGAGCUUCCAUAAACGUUUCCAGUUUAGAGCCCGAUGUUCAGGCAGCUAUAAAAAAGAAGAAUCCUGAUCUAACUGUAGUUUCAUACAACAAAGGACUUUAAACAAUAAUCAAAGUGAUUAAAACAAUAACAUAUUAUCCACAAAAUAAAAAAAAAAACAAGAGGACAAUAAGUAGUCGAUUAGCAAGAGUUAUAUAGUCAUGGACUGAAAAUACGAUAGGUUUUUCUUUUUUGAAAGAAGUAGAUGUGAAAUUAUUUGGCACAAAAAUUUUAGUUAUUUAUUCUAUUGUAACUUUUAUUUGGUUAUAUUAAAAAAUGCAUUUCAACAGGGUAAAAGAGUGAUUUGGCAUUAUUGAAAUCCUUAAGCCGAUAUACCUCAUUGUAAUGUAUACGCUAGGUUUAUUACGUUUUUGUUUGUUGCUUUUAUUAUAAAAUACUCCAAUAAUAUUUUGUUAAUAAUAAAAGACACCUGCAACAUUA